AUGGCUCUCUCCAGCAAUGAGAAGCGAGCUCAACGACGCCAGCAGUGCCGGGAAGCCCUGGCCGAUCAUAUCCAUAAACGUCUCGGAUUACACAUUGCGCCCAGCGAAGUUCGCUUGCAGCCAUCUCAGGACGAUGGGUAUGCAUGGUCCGUUACCGACCGAUCAGCCCACCUCUUACAGGGAAGUCUGAGCAAUGGGUCGGUGGGACGGUAUGACGCUAUAUGUGCCGAGCUGGGCGUGUCGAUCGAAGCGGUACGCCCCGAAGUUCUCGGGGAUAAUGGGCCAACGUACCUCGGUGAAGAUGACGAGCCUUCUCUUGGCGACGAGUCUUUCACUGCCGUCAUCCAGCGGCUAAGCCUCGAGAACGAGAAGCUCAAGAGCGAGAUUGGUCGUAUCCAGCGCCAUGCGGAAACCAUGUCUCAUACAUGUAGCCGUUGGGAAGCGAAAUACCGGAAGCUAGAGGAGGAGGGUGCGCGGCAAGAACGCUCUAUAGCUAGCCUGCAAGAGGGACUACGUUUCGCAAGGGACGAUAUCUCGCAGGCGAUCCGGCUUCUACAGCGACACCAAUCUCGAAAUGAAACCCCCCUCGGCACUGGCUCCGGGGCAGUCCCUUUGUGCCGAUAG